AACAUUUGGGAUGCAGUUUCACUGUUUCAUUUUUAUAGUUUUGUAUUGACUCUUAUAAUUAUCAUUUCAGAGGCUUUCAAAGAAACUAUCAACAAGUUUGGUAAUCUAGACAUUGUCGUCAACAACGCAGGUUUAUAUAACGAGAAAAAAUGGAAAUAUGAAGUGGCUGUCAGUCUGAAUGGGGUUAUCCAUGGCACUCUAAUGGCCUUGAAGUACAUGGAUAAAUCAGCAGGAGGAAAAGGGGGAAUAGUGGUCAAUAUGAGCUCAAUUGCCGGUCUAGGAUCAGAAACAUAUGUUUCAGCAAUACACAAUGCCACACAGAGUGCAGUUAUUGAACUAAGUCGUGCUUUUGGGUCAGAUAAUUUCUAUCAAACUACUGGAGUCAGAGUGAUGGUCAUUUGUCCAGGUUAUACAGAAUCAGAGAUCAUUCCACAUGAUCAACAACAGUUACUUGCAAUGCUUUACAAAGAUGAGUGGGUGGACGACUUUUAUAACUUAAUACAAAGACUUUCACCUCAACAGAAGUAAGUACAGUUUAUCUGG